AUGAAUUUGGUGGACUAUCAAAUUCAUAGUCCUCGUUUUGACUUGUCGGACUUCUCGAAGAAAUCUUGCCAGGGUGGUCCACCCGUCAGCCGACCUAAAACCUUAAAUCUUUUUCUACGAAGAACCAUUCAGCAAUCCUCUCUGCGCUGGGCUCAAUUGUCUACAGAUGCAUCGUCUUUAACCGACGUCUCAUCUCUACAGAACAGACUAGAAUACAGUGCCCGUCGUCAGCCAAAAAAAGUACGGUCAUCCACAACGAUUAACGAAGAAACUCGCGCAUGGAACGUUUCUACCUCGAGUGGGCGGACGUUCCCUCAUGUCGAAGGACAAAAUACAGAAAAUUUACUCGACAUAGAGACGUAUCCGAUAGGUAGCUUGACACCGACAUUGUGGAGCCAAGGCCACGAACUCUUAGCCUUUUGGGUAAAGCAACGUACGGCUGACUCUGUCGAUUUCUCGUUCCGGCUGUGGGAUCGACUUUGGCAGGAGCAAGUGCAUCUCGAGACGGACUGCGUGCAGCGCUCUACAGGCGAUAGUCAUCCCCCAUCCACUUGGCUCACAACGCCUCUCAAUUCGGAAAUGCUCUGUACAUUGGUCAACAAUUGGCGCGUCUGGUCUUGGAAUCAGCACCCAGACUUGAACAAGCAAAACCCACAACUGACAGUGAAAGAGAGAUACAAUGCUCCGUACGUGCAAGCUCUGGUGGAGAGGUGUUCCUCGCUUUUGAACGAAAAAGUCUACUAUCUCAUUCUGGACGGAACUCGCCGCUCGGGAAAUCCCGCACAGGUUGCGGACUUGGCAUCCGACCUACUGGCAGCUUCCAUACACCGGUGGAAAACUCAAAUGAACCCCUCGUGUCGUCCGUCGACGGAAUUAUACAACUCGGCGUUGCUCGCUUGGUCUCGAUCUAACCGCAAUAACGCCAUUACCAUGGUAGAAAAACUAUGGGCGCAAAUGCAAGAACACAAUAUAGCUCCGGAUUCUCGUAGUUACGAGCGCAUUAUUGCGGCCCACGUUUCCUCUACGACUCCCUCGCGUUCCGAAAAGGCCGAAUAUUGGUUGCGCAAAAUGGAACAGGAUCACACUGUUUGCAUAUCGACACGGGCGUACACGAGCGUCAUAGCUGCACAAGAUGAUUGCGCGAAAGCUGAGCAACUCUUGGAAGAACUCUUAGACCUCAAAGCACAGAGCAUUGAUAGUCCGAAUAGUACGGAGGAUUCCCAGUUUCAUCCUGGCGAUCAGGAUGUUCCCGGGGCAGUCAAUGCCACGCUGCAAUGCCACAUCAGAGCAGCGAAUGUAGAGCGAGCACAGGAUAUCUUGUACCGUAUGCGGGACUUGGGUUACAUCGAUGUACUUUCCUACCGCACAGUUAUGCUGGGAUGGUUGAAAGCGUCGCAGCCCGUCCUAUGCCAGGCAAUUUUACAGUCAGCUUUGGAGUCGUAUCGGGAUGGGCUCUGUGGCGUUUGUCCGUCCGACGAGCUCGUUGCCUUGGCUGUUUCGGCGUGGGCAAAGUCUUCGCAUCCAAAGAAUGUGGAGCAAGCAAUGGCGCUACUCAAGAGUUUGACCUCGUCUGAGUGGGAUCAUAUUGAUAUGCAGGUAACGACAUCGACUAUGAAUGCACUGCUGGAAGUUUUGAUUCGGUCGAAGGAUUAUGGCGAUAUUCAAAAGGCGGAAGAACUGCUCCGCCAUAUUAAGGGUUUCUCCAAGAAGGAUGCGAGCAAAGCCGCGAUGGCUCCAAACGAGUCGAGCUACAAUCUCAUGAUUGGCGGUUGGGCGCGACUCGGUCAGCCGGUGAAAGCUAGAGCAUGGUUGGAAGAAAUGUACAAAGACUACCAAGAGGGAAGUAUUGAAACAAUGCCGGGCCUGAAAACUUUUAAUACUGCUAUUCAGAAGCAAUGCGACGAGGGUCGUCUACCGUUUGAACUUGACGUUUAUUCCUACACGUCCGUUUUAUCUGCGCUCAGUAACGCCUGGGAUCUGAAGAAGUACGGCGAGACUGCUCAACGAGCUGAAGAUCUUUUAAACGAAAUGAAUCAUCGUUACGGACAAGGUCAAGCAAGCGUACGACCUAAUACGAUUUCGUACAACGCCGUCAUGAAUGGAUGGGCUCGUGCAAAGAAUCCCGAGAAGGCGGCGGCUGUUUUGCAAAAAAUGUAUGCCGACGUAAAGAAGGAAGGCAACAUUAAUGCAUUGCCCGACGACAAAACUUUCAAUACACUAAUUAAAGCGUUCGCGUUGUCACAAGACCCAGGCGCGCCAGAAAAGGCGGAAGAGAUUCUUCGACAUAUGGUGGAGCAAUACGAAUUGGGAGCAUCGAAGGUAAAACCGACGGUGGUCACGUACACGACAGUGAUUUUGUGCUACGGACUUUCGAAACACCCCAAGGCUCCUUAUCGAGCUGAUGAGCUGUUACAGCUUAUCAAGGGGUUGUAUCAACGGGGAGAGUUGGAUGACGGUCCCAGCCGUAGUACGUACCAGGUUGUUCGUAAGGCUUGGGAGUUCUCGACGCAUGCUAGAAAAAGGGAUCGCAUUUCCGAAUUGGAUCGGGAAUACGUUGCGUUGUUUGGGCAGACUGACAACAGCCCGCGUUCCGGAAGUGGCCGUCCGAGAAAAGACUACCUAAACCACAAUACGAAAGGGAAACGUGACAAACGACUAUAACCAGACAAGAUUCGCGACGAGUAAUUUCACAUUCGUCGACGUGAAUCAUCCAUCAAGGAAGAAUAGAAGUUACAUUCUAGAGCUUAUUUGAACAAAAAAUCACUGUAGUAUUUGAUUUUGAUUUUGUCCAAGAUGGCCCAAGGACGCCUUACACCUAACCCAAAGCUUCAAGAAAUGCGACUCGCGUGAUCCACCCAGGACUCAAAUCCCUGUGCGAUCUUUCUGUGACAGCUAUCAAAUUCUGCCUACUGUAAAUGGCACGUACGCACGCAGUUUCUGUCGAGUCUCUCCAGACUUUGUUUCUAACUGACUGUGAAGACCCUUUUUGCUGAGCUAAGAGUAAAUAGUUAUAUCGCAAGGAACCGUCAAGUUUACUGAGAGUUCGCUGUCCAAAGUGUAACUACAUCUAUUAGUAGUGUUGAAUACUGUG